AGCCGGGCCGGAAGACUCCCGGCUUGGCUCCAGAGGGCUGCGAGGUCUCAGGCGAGUGUGGACCUGGGCAUGUGACUCGUGUGUGCUGUGUCCGCAGGAGAUGCUGCAGGAUAAGGCCCUGUCGGAGAGCGAGGAGGCCUUUCGGGCCCCGGGCUCCGCGCUCGGCGAGGCCAGCGCCGCCAACACCGCCAACGCCCCUGAGCCCGCGCUGGCUGCGCCGGGCCUCAGCGGAGCCGCGCUCGGCAGCCCCCCGGGCCCCGGCGCCGACGUCGCCGCCGCCGCCGCCGCCGCCGCCGCCGCCGCCGAGCAGACCAUCGAGAACAUCAAGGUGGGCCUGCACGAGAAGGAGCUCUGGAAGAAGUUCCACGAGGCGGGCACCGAGAUGAUCAUCACCAAGGCGGGCAGGAGGAUGUUCCCCAGCUACAAGGUAAAAGUCACAGGCAUGAACCCCAAGACCAAGUACAUCCUGCUGAUCGACAUCGUCCCCGCAGAUGACCACCGCUACAAGUUCUGUGACAACAAAUGGAUGGUGGCGGGGAAGGCUGAGCCGGCCAUGCCUGGAAGGCUCUACGUCCACCCGGAUUCUCCUGCCACGGGGGCUCACUGGAUGCGGCAGCUGGUCUCCUUCCAGAAGCUGAAGCUGACGAACAACCACCUGGACCCCUUCGGCCACAUCAUCCUCAACUCCAUGCACAAGUACCAGCCGCGGCUACACAUCGUGAAGGCUGAUGAGAACAAUGCUUUUGGCUCCAAAAACACAGCCUUCUGCACCCACGUGUUCCCAGAGACUUCCUUCAUCUCUGUGACCUCCUACCAGAAUCAUAAGAUCACACAGCUGAAAAUUGAGAACAACCCUUUUGCCAAGGGAUUCCGGGGCAGUGACGACAGUGACCUGCGUGUGGCCCGACUGCAGAGCAAAGAAUAUCCCGUGAUCUCCAAAAGCAUCAUGAGGCAGAGGCUGGUCUCCACCCAGCUCUCAUCCAAGCCUGACGUCAGCCCCCUGCACGGGGCUCACCAGGCACUCCAGCACUACCAGUACGAGAACGGGGCUCACAUGCAGUUCUCUGCGGCUGAGCCACAGGACCUUCCCCUCAACACCUUCCCAGCCCAGAGGGACUCCAGCCUCUUCUAUCACUGUCUGAAAAGACGAGCAGACAGUGCCCGCCACCUGGACUUACCCUGCAAGCGAUCCUAUCUGGAAGCUCCCUCAGCAGUGGGGGAAGAUCAUUAUUUCCGCUCUCCGCCUCCCUACGACCAACAAAUGCUGAGCCCCUCCUACUGCAGUGAGGUGACCCCGCGAGAAGCCUGCAUGUACUCAGGUUCGGGGCCCGAGAUGGCCGGGGUGUCCGGGGUGGACGACUUGCCCCCGCCGCCCCUGAGCUGUAACAUGUGGACGUCAGUGUCGCCGUACACGAGCUACAGUGUUCAGACAAUGGAGACUGUGCCUUACCAGUCCUUCCCCACGCACUUCACCGCCACCACCAUGAUGCCCCGGCUGCCCACCAUCUCCACGCAGAGCGCCCAGCCGCCCGGAAACGCCCACUUCAGCGUCUACAACCAGCUCUCCCAGUCUCAGGGCCGGGAGCGGGGGCCCAGUGCCUCCUUCCCCAGGGAGCGCGGCCUCCCGGCCGUGUGCGAGCGGAAGCCGCCCUCGCCACACCUGAAUGCUGCCAACGAGUUUCUCUACUCACAGAGCUUCUCCUUGUCCCGGGAAGCAUCCUUACAGUAUCAUUCAGGAAUGGGGACUGUCGAGAACUGGACUGACGGAUGACUCCCAGGUCCCCUCCACAGCCCCAGGACCGUGUUAACCCAGUAUUAACCUCCGAGGGUGGCCUGCACUACCAUGAAACACAGGAAGGUAUUUCACAGGGCGGGGAGCGUGCAUGCGUGCGCGUAUUUGGAGAGAAUCUAUUUUCUGACAUACGAUCGAGGCCGUGGCAAAGGAAAAAACUCGCUUGUCUAAGAAGUGGUUUUGGCUGCAGGACCUGGAUCCAUUGUUAUGUGACAUCUCUUGACAUGCCCAUGGGUGGGAUGGGAGUGGCGAGUUCAUGUGACUUCCUUAGAGGUUUUUAUAAUAUAAUCUUUGACUUACUCAGGGGCCAGGUGGCGAGGUCUCUCCUGCAGGGAAGUGGGGGAGGAUUCUGGUUGCUGGGGUGGGAGGGCUCUCUGCACAUCUCAGAGUCCUGGCCUUCUAUCUGCAAGGGAUGCUGAGAACCUUGUUUUGGCAGCAGGAGGCCCACUCCUUUGGCUUCCGGGGAUUCUGUGAGACAACCUGAGAGGUGGGCUCAGCUAAGCCCCAAAGCGCGCUCUGGGAGGAGCGCUGUCUGCUCAGUUAGUGGCCUGGAAAUCCAUCCCCGGAGCACUGAGGUCUGAGGGAAGACUUUUAGUGCCACCUGAUGGAUAUUAAAACAUUGUUUUUUCCAUCAGGAGGGUGAAAAUGCAAUGAAUAGCAUCUCUGGCAUCAUUCAGGUUUUCUUAUAAAGUCCAAAGCCCCUCCCCCUCAGUCCCCAAUGUACAAUCUCUCACUCUCUCUGGUGCACAAGACUCAGCCUCCAGGCACCAUCUGCGUCCCACCACCGGCCACUAGGAAACACACUUUACCUGGCAAUGUCCCCAGGAGCCCACAUUGGAGCUGCUGUCUGGCAUCUCCAGAGGCUGUUCUGCUCCCAGAAAGCCCUCAUCUCUGGAGCAAGAAGGCCCAAAGGAAAUAAAAACAAGAAUUGAGAAAACAUUCAUUUUUUUCAGUAAAUUCAGCCUGUGAGCUCAGAGGAGCAAGGAUGAUUGUUCUCCAGGGAAGUGGAUCUUGGAGUCCUCAGCCCAUCUCUUUAGCAUUGAAUGUCCCCAGACCAUCCAUGUGGCUGGUGUGAACUCUGUAAUCAAAUUUGGGAAAUCACUAAACUCUUUGC